UUAUUUGUUACAACGUGCAGCCCAUCCUGUGUGUUGGCUGUGUGUGGUGUUUUAUCAGGGAGUUUUCAUCCCUACGCGCAAACUAUCGCUAGCUGGCUAGCUUAUUAGGAGUUAGCGCGCAAAGUGUGCAGAAUUAGCCUAGCUGUCUAGGUUUUCUCAGUCUUAUUCAACUUAAUGUUAGAAUUAACGUCAGCUUGAUCGUUCAGUGAGCUUAGUCUCGUAGGCUACUUGGCAAUGGCGACUGAGGCGCGUUUGGGGACCUCAUUCAUGAAAUAUGGAACCGUCACGUCUCUCUUGGUGGUUCUCGUAGCAUAUUGGUACAGACCUCCUCUUCAGGGCUCGGAGCUUGACGGAAGACUUGAUGCCGUUUUGUCAUCGCUGCUCCGUGCAGAAAGCAAAGUGGGAGUAAAUGAUGUUGCCAGACCGAAGGUUGCCAUUGGUUUCGGGGGCUGUGUGGACCUGAUUGUGGAUGGUGUGGAUCUGCUGAACAAGAUUGGCCUGCCUCCCACCGACCAGCCCCUCCACCACGACUACAUCAAGAACGCGGAGCAGCUGGCCCAGAGUUUCGCCUACUUCUUCGCACCCGGGGCCGCCUCAGAGAGGUUUGUGAUGAACGAAACCCUCUUCAGUCUCCUCGUCGAGGCCUCGCGCGAGUUGCCUGGCAACCGGUGGGCGGUGGGUGGCAACGCGCCUGUGAUGGCGAGCAGAAUGGCGGCAGAAGGUUGUGACGUGUUGCUAGGCGGCAGCUUCAGCACGGACUUCAACGACAUGUUCUCGCAGCACAUCAUGGUGGCAGGGAACACCCUGGACGAGCCCGACAUUCACCUGAUCAUGGAGUAUCCUUCGGGAGCCACCUGGGGCCCCUACACCUCCAGAAGAGCCAACAGGUAUAUAGUUCACAGUGACGACCACAACCCCUACCUGGACUCCAUGGGGCACUUUGAGGAGAAGCUGCAGGACUUCCAGCCUGACCUGCUGGUGGUCGGAGGCUUGCAGAUGAUGGACAACUUCCCCUUCAAGCAUGGUGAGCGUGAAGCUCUUCUGGGUCAUCUGUCUCACCUGAUGUCCUCGGCGUCUGCGGAGACGUCGGUCCACUUCGAGAUGGCCAGCUUCGUGGACGAGGGCCUGCUGUCGGACCUGCUGGAGCUGGUGCUGCCCCACGCCGACUCCCUGGGCAUGAACGAGCAGGAGCUGCCCAACCUGCUCAGCCUGUUCCGCGGCGCCAACGUGACGGUGCUGUCCGACCCCAACCCGCGCGUGGCCACCGUGCUGGACCAGAUGCGCGAGCUCUACCGCCUGGUGAACGAGGAGCACCGCGAGCUGGGCCUGGGCCGGGCGCUGACCCGCCUGCACGUUCACACGCUGGCCUUCCAGGCCAUGAUCGUCACGCGCGGGUCCCAGUGGAAGAACACCAUGUCGGCCGUGGCCAAGGCCGCGCUCACCGCCAACCGGCACGUGUGCGGCUCGCCCGACAUCGACCCCAGCAAGGCGCGCCUCAUCAUGGACGAGUCGUUCUCCGUGAGCGCCCGCACGGGCAGCCAUCGCAUCCCGCUGGAGGAGUCGCGGCCCGUGUCCUGCUGGGACGAGGACGACUACCAGAUCUGCGUGGCGCCCGUGCUCGUCUGCACCGAGGUCUACCAGACCGCGGGGGGCGGAGACAACAUCUCCGCUGCGGGCCUCGUGCUGCAAAUCUGAUUGGCCGGUGGAGCAGGGGACCUUGUUGUAACAACAGCAACCUGGCAACGCCUCUGUCUUUUCACUGCCCAAACUUCCUCUUAAAGUAUGAAGAUUUUUAUUGUUUGUUAUUUUGUCUGUUUGUUUGGAUCGUCGAUUUUAAGUUUCUUUUCUUUUUUUUUUCUUCUCCAGUUUUAGUGCAAUACAAACAUGUGUGUGUUUGUGUGUGUGUGUGUGUGUGUGUGUGGUCCAGCGAUAGCUCCUUUAGUUUUUGUGACCACCUCAGUUUUGGGGGUGGAAAGGUUCUCUCUCAUCUUUUCAAAUUGUCUUUGGUGUUUUCAAUCAUGUGUUAUCAUUUAUGAAGUCAUAGUUGUCAGGGCUAGUUUGAAAUAACCUGUGGGUAUGUUUGUGUUUGUGUUUAUGUUUAUGUUCAUGGUUGUGUUAUGUUUGUGUUUUAUGUUAGGACUGAUUUUUAAUGUCUGUUUUUAUGACCACCUAUAACAUGGAGC